UCUUGAUUAAAACGAAAUACAAUGGGGACGUCUGGAACUGAUGCAGUCGCAUUCUCAGGGGAGGAAGAAGAAGAGGAGGAAUACUAUGAAGUUGAGCAUCUGCCUCCACUCCUUGAAGAUGAGGUGAGAGUAAACAUUUAUGUUUAGCCUACAUUAUUAUCAUCGUAAUUAUUAUUGUUCUCUCAAUGGCAUGUGUUAUGUCAAUACUGUGGACUGAGGUCCCCAGGGGACUGACUUUAUUGGCUGUGACAUAUGCACUUGUGUUAUUCACUUGUGCACCUGGAACCAAAAAUGGUUCUACUAUUGGGACAGCCGAAGAACCCAUUUGGUACCUUUUUUUUAAAGGAGUGUAUAGGCUAACCUAUGCUCUUGACCGAGUGAUUGAAUGAUUGAAGAAGACAUGCUGUUUUCUAAGGUCUAAUUUAAUCAACAACAUGCUCCCUCUCUCUCUCUCUCUCUCUCUCAGGACAACAAGAUGAGAUUAAUGUGUCUGUGGCCUUUCCUUAUAACUCUCAUGGUGAUCAGGGACCAUAUUAAUUGUACUUUGGGAUGUACAGUAAUAUCCAUGACUAGCUUACUGUACAGAUGUAUUGACCCCUGCUGUGUCCUCUUGGCUUUAUGUGGAUAAUACGGGCAUUCAUUAAAACACUACCCCAUACACUUAGUUUGAGUGUUUUAAAGUUCCAAUGUUAAACAAUGUACAGUGGGCAAUAUGAUUCAGUGCAGAACAGUUAUUCACAGUUAUUCACUCCAGACGUGUUGAGCUGCAGGUGCCUUUGCAAGUAUGGAGACUCCAGAGACACUGCAGGGUAAUCUUGAGUGGAGGGCGGUAUGUGCGAGGUCAGCCUGACAGAUUCAUUCAGCUGUAGCCUACACACAAGGGGAACAAGUGUAAACUUAAUCACAUUUUACCUUUGAAUACUAAGGGGUUCAUUAAACCACUAACAUCUCACCAUGAUUUCCCUCAAUGACUUAGUCACCCACUUAGUAGCCCACCCAGUCCAUCGCUACCUCACUCUUCUUUUCGUUCCUCGAUCUUAUUCGAUGUCCUUCUCUAAACUUUUGAGGUGUUCCACCAGUGUAUAGUUGGUCUUAUUAGAGCUCAUGGAGUGAAGAGGGAAAGUUAUGUAGGCCAGCAUAUUUAACUUGAGGAGGGAGAGAGAGAGACUCAAUGUUUCUCUGCACUGUUCUCAAGGGCAACAGUCUAUUUAUAGGCUUACUGUAUGCUGCUGCUUAGUGACAUCUUUCUGCCCUAUUAUUGUGCCAUAUUCUACAGAAUUAUGGGUGUGCUUUAUUCACCUUCUGCAACAAAAAAUAUAUAUUUUGUAACAAACAAUAAUCUCUUAGAUCUCUCUCAGAUCAACUGAAGAAGGAUAUUGUGUAUUCACUCCAGUUCCAUUUUUUUAUUUUAAAUGUAUGACAAAGACACAAAACCAGGGCCUGCAAAGUAUCUGAGUAGGAGUGCUGAUCUAGGAUCAGGUUCCCCCUUGUCCAUGUAAUCUCAUUCAUUAUGGUCUAAAAGACUCGACUGAUCCUAGAUCAGCACUCUGUCUCUGAAAUGCUUUGUGUAUACAGACCCAGAUGUUUUACAGAGAAAAUAGUCAUGGAACGUUAGUGAGGACGGGAGAUCCUAGUGAUGAAGCUCAUCAUUCAACUUGACUCCCAUUAUGAAACAAAUGGCAACGACUGAAAUGCCCAUGUCCCAUGAGACUUUUGUGAAAAGCCCGUGGUCUGUUACACUGUUCAGUCACAUGCAUAGAAUGGAAAUGCAGAGUAUUGGACACCACUUCACAAUGGAGCCGCUCUACCGCGGUAGUAGCAAAGACUUCCUUUUGUGCUCAUGUGCCAAGCCAACAAAACAUCCCGUCUUCUUCACAUGAUGAAAAUGUCGAACAUGCCAUGAGAUGUUUUCUAUUUAUGGAUGCAAUUAGGCUUCUUCAUAACACCAAUAAGUGCCCACUUGGCUUUCCACUGUUUGCAGCAUGACAUACAAGGAUGUAGGUGUAAGUGUGUUUAUUGCUGCAGGACACUUACUGUAUUACUUUUGUGUGUGCAUGUGUGUUACUCCUGUGUGUGUAUGUCUGCGUGUGAGCACAUGCAUGCUUGCGUCGAUGCCUGCCUGUGUGUGUCCCCACAGGAGAACGUGUCCCUGGCGGAUAUCCUGUCGUUGCGGGAUAUCUGUCUGACGGAGCAGGAGGUGUGGGCGGUGUGUGUGGAGUGUGUCCUGGCCUUGCAGAGUAUCGCCUCAUCACCCCUGUUCCACACCCUGUGCAUCACGCCCGACACCCUGGCCUUUAACGCCCAUGGCAACGUGUGCUUCAUGGAGCAGCUCAGUGAUGACCCCGAGGGCUCGUUUAUACCUCCAGAGUUUGACAAGACUGGCAGUACCUUUGAGGGACAUGUGUACUCUCUGGGCUCCACCCUCUCUGCCGCGUUGGACUUUGUCAUUGAGCCAGAGCUGGAGGCAGAGCUGGGGGAGGAGAUUCAGAGACUGCUGGAGCAGAUGCAGGAGGAGCGGCCAGAGGACAGGCCACUCCCCCAGGACCUCCUCUCCCUUGCAGAGGAAAAGCUAGUAGAUACCUCUUCCACAGCCCUGUGCCGGAAACUCUCUUCUAUAGGACGAAGAGUUCUGUCAAUCGAAUCCGUCGCAACAUUUCAAGAUGGGUGGCGUGGCUCUUGGGAGGCUCGAUGGCAGCAGCCCAAACCCAACUGGCAGCUCCACAAGAGCAUCGACUCUGAGGACAGUAGCUCCAAAAACCAGGGCAUUGUCUCACAUACCACGGCAGAGAACCCGGACUUAAACGACUCCAACGGCCUGCAUCGGCAUCACGUAUGUGGAGCCUGGGACUCCACCCUUUGGGCUGACGGUAUGGGGGAUGUGGAAGAGAAUGGAUGUGUCAGAGGGGAGGACAUGUUUGGUUCUCAGUUGGAUAGCAGAUCUCAGAAUAGUUCUCCUGUACACAGGAGGGCUCAGGAGAGGGCUGGGAGGGUGAGGGGGGUUCUGAAUCGUUCCUGCUCUGUUCCAGACUCCAAUAAUCCCCCCGCAUUCCCGCCCACGCCCCAUGGGGAUAUCAGUGUCAAUGUAUCGGACCUCACGGAGAUAGGAGCUGAGGAAUGCAUGGGGCACGGGUCUGUUUGGAGCACGAGAGGGGACCGAGAGAAGGCCACUUAUGAGUGCAAUGACUCUGAGCAAUGGGACUCAGCGAGAGACAGUGAGACAUUAGAAGGGGAAAGAGAUUCUACCCUGCCCAUAUGUGGUGCUGAAACAGAUUCAGACAGUCAAAGUGGAACACGAGAUGAAACCUCUUCGUCCCGCCCAGCUCAAGACCCGGACAUGUUGGUCGACUCUGCUUGCAACAUGACUUCAACCUCAAACCUUUACACUCCCAAUAAUCACAUGACUAAAAGCAUGCUGUGCCUCAAUGAACAAUCUCAGGAUGAGUGGAUCUCUCUGAGGGAUCUACUCACACGGAGUGGGCAGAGACUGUCUGUGAAUGAGCUAUGGGCCCUGUGUCAUACCUGCCUCUCCACACUGCAGACCUACUUAGACUACCCAGCAUACCUGUGCCUGGAUACAAUGUACGUGGGUUGUGAGGGAGAAGUUCUCUUCCUGAAACCUAAAAACACAGGAUCCUGCGAUGCGUUUUAUCUGGCCCCUGAAUUCCAGGAGCAUGGAAUCGUGACUGAAAAGGCCUGUGUUUAUGGGGUGGCUGCCAUCCUAUGGGCCACGGCCAAGUUCAACCUGUCAGCCAAUCAGAAGCUGGCUAUGCCCAGGAAGUUGAAGAUGCUGCUGCUGGAGAUGGCCAAGAGGACGCCCAUCGAAAGACCUUCCAUUGUCGUAGCUAAAAAGAGCUGUCGGGAUUAUCUAUCACGUCUAGGAACGAACGCUGAGACAGUGUGGACGAAUCUGAUCAACAGAGUCCACCCGCCACUCACAAAGGACAUUGAUGCAGAGGAUCAGAAUGGAUUGGACAGUAGAGUAAACUCAAGUCAGGAAUCAACACGUAUCAAGAGUGGGUUUGUGCCCAUGGCCACUGAGAGCCGAUUGGCUCCUGUACCUGGCCCUGUUCCCCAUAGCUAUCCAAUUAACGGAGCCCCCCAGCUUCCAGAGGCCUUCACUUCCCUUGCCACACACUUCAACCCCAUCAUCCUGACCAGGGAGGGGGACACUGAGGAAACUCCCCUUCCUGCUUCAGACAUUGAGGAGGCUAUAAGUGAAGUCACAAGAGGCAAUGACAUCGAGCCUGUGCAAGAGGCUAAGGACCGAGAAACCCCCUCACACCUUGAGGACCUACCCCUACCUCAGUCAGACAGAGACCUACACGACAACGGACGGGACAGCCCUGCCAAUCAAAGAAGCGUGGUCACACGCAACCUUUCCUCCACUGCCUUAAGCGGCAGGACAUUGGUCAACUCUCCACCUCCCACCUCCCCCAAACUCAGCAACCAGAGGACUCCCGUUUCCGACCACCCACUCCCUCCUCCGACCACCCAAUUGACUUCGUCUUCCUCUUGCCAAUCGUCAUCCUGCUCUCAUCUGACUGGUGGUGGUGUUUUCAACAACUUCCUAUUGCGUCAGGACCCUUUAACAGGGCACUUAACCCUGGUGCCAGUGCAGAUAACAGUCCCUGAGUCCCUCCAUGGUCUGGAGCUCAAUCUGCCCCUGACCUCAAGCUCCAGCUACCUCCAGGGUCAACCCACACAUCCACGGGGCCCUAGAGACCAUCUGACCCCUGGCCAGGGAGCUGAACCUCUUUUGGAAUGCCUUAAUGGCAGACCCUCGAACCCUAAAGCGUCCAUGCCCCAUCCCCACAAUGGAGAAGGAGGUCCAAGGACAGGAGAAGGUGAGGGUGAACACCUAUCAGAGUCCCAUGGACCCCCUCAGGGAGACUCACUUCCUCCCCCCUCCCCCCUGAUGAACCCUUCCCUACAAGAGGUUAUUGGCCUACUCAGGGCAGAGUUUGCCUUUGAUGGCUAUCUGGAGAGUGGUGUAGAGGAUCUAGCAAUGGGGGAGUGUUUCCUGUCUCUGAAGGACCUACAGUACCAGACAUUCUGCAAUGUUGUGAAAGAGAAUUUCUGUAACCUUUACUGGGAUGAGGACUUAUUGGGAGUGCUACACUGUGUGGUCAACUACAGCCAAUUAUCUCUAGGCUCUAAUGAACAGUCUCCAUCAAAGCCAUGGCAAAGGGCAGCCACCUCACCCCUGAGUGCUUCCAGCUGUAUAGCAGAGGAGAGGGAGGCACUGCGGCGUGGUCAUGUCGACCUGAACGGCAACCUGCACCACAGUGGACCUGUAGCUUCAGCCUCGUGGGAGAGAUUUGAGAGACACCAGAGGGCCCUGUCUGCAUUCAGAGAAACAGAGACUAGACCGGAACAUAAAGAUACUGAAUCAGAGGAGGGUCAACAUCAUGUCUGCCCAGGAUUGAGAGCUGCUGAGUGUUUGGUUAAGGGGGCUAUGGAGAGUGCCGAGCAUCCAGUGGGGGGCGGCGAUGAAAGCCCCUCUGAAGCUGACUCUCUAUGGGGGACGGACGAGCCACUGAGGGUGGGCCACCGAGGCCAGAUGAGCCCUGACUGCUGCGAGGACAUGGAGGACACAGAAUCUCUGGUGUCUCAUUGUCUCCUCUCCCCCAGCUCAGGAGCAGAGGAGUCCAGCCACAGCCACAGCCCAGCCUGGGCCCUGGCCUUCUAUGGAGGGGACUGUUUUAGUCAGGAUGUGGUGGAAUAUGCUAGGAACUUGGGACAGCAUAGUGAGUCCCCGUGCCUGGAGCUGAAAACACAGGAGCUUCAACAGCAGCUUAUGAUCGAGACGAAGAGUCUGAAAAAGACCAGACAUUUCUACCAAAAGCUGCUCCAUCAAGAGAGAAAAAACAAACGUUCGGAUGCUAGAUUGAUGCUGUCCAAACUCAAAGUCCAGCUUGAGGAGUUGAGGUCCAAAGUGGAGUUUCUAGACUCUAUAAAGAAAUAUCUGGAGGUUCUGAGUGUGGAUCAAUGGGGUGUGGAUGUGUCCCUCCUUCCCUCCCUGGCAGCCUCUGAUCCAGGGAGCCCUCUGGAUCUCCAGCCCUCAGAGGAGCCUGCCGUGUUGGGAUUGGUGUCUUUGUCUGGGGCAGGGACAGGGAAGAGCAGCCUGCAGGCCGCCACACCCCUGGAUUUCAUGUCCUACCUCUAUGCCAGAAAUGCUCCAUUGGAGGGUUACAUCCAACAGUUCCUGUACACUUACCGCUAUUUCUGUACCCCUCAAGAACUCCUUCAGUUCCUGAUGGGCAAAUUCACCAGUGCAGUAGCAGGAGGUGAUCCAGAUGUGUCAGGGGACAGUGCUAAGGUGUACCACCGGAGUCUGGACGUGUUGCAAACCUGGCUGACUGACUACAUAAUGGUGGACUUCAGCCCCAAGUCCAGCCUGCUGAUGACCCUGGAAAACUUCCUCACCACUGAAGUGUCUCCGUUAGACAGGAGAGGAGAGAGACUUUUGACCACUCUUCAGAGGUCUCCCAGGAAGAGGUGGAGCCAAGGCUGUGGGAGCCCAAUCAGCAUGCAGGAGGAUGAUGAUGAUGCACUGUCUGUCCAUACCUCAUGCAGAAAAUCAGCUAUUGAGUACUCUGGAAGGAAGAGCUUCCAGUGGAGGAUAUCCAGGGUGGUUGAGCCCCAGUCGACCCAGCCUAAAGACAAGGCCUACUCCAUAGCAGCAGCCCUGCCCCGGCCCUACUACACCUCGCUUAUGGAUAACAUCUCCAGUGCCUGCCUUAGAAGCGAGGAGAGACACCCCUUUAGUCAGAGUGAACACAGCACCCAACACACGGCACAGCAACUCACUCUACUGCAGCAGGAAAUGUUUCAAGGCUGUCACCCAAUUCAUUUCCUCAACUCUAAAUCUCAAGGAGUCAGGGACAAAGCUGUUUUUGUCACCAAACAUGCGGCACACUCUGUUCCUCCAGUAGAGGGCAGCAGUCUAUUUGUUCAUGAAGGGACUCCACAGGACAGCCACCUCCAACAGCUACUGAGAUAUGCUGACAGCGUCUCCAAUUGGGUCUCUGCAGAAAUCGUCAUCUGUGAUUCGAUAAAGAUCCAAGCGGCUUUGCUCACCAAGUUUCUCCUAAUUGCCAAACACUGCUAUGAAUCAAGAGACUUUGCCACAGCAAUGCAGGUCCUUGGAGGCCUGGAGAAUGUGAUUGUCAGGCAAUUACCGGCUUGGAAACAUCUGUCUACCAAGGUGUGUGAGGUCCUUGAGGAUCUGCGAGCCGUGCAGGUCUUUCUGAAGAGUGAUAACCUGUGUCUGAUGGGAGGAGAGCAUGUGAGGAGGAGACCCACCCUCCCUGCUGUCCACAUCCUGACCAUGCACAUCCAGCAGCUGGAGAUAGGAGCCUUCACUCUGACCAGUGGCGCCUACAAGUGGCCAAAACUCAGAACCAUAGCCAAGGUGGUGAGUCAGGUGCAUGCAUUCCAGGAGACGGUGUACUCCUUCACUCCUGACCCGGGGCUGCAGGCCUACAUCAGACUAAGAAUAGCCCACCUCAGUGGCUGUGACAUUCCCCUGCUGGCUGCAGACAACGAGGCCAACUUCCACCACAACCCCACUGACCGACACACCCGCAGGAUCCAGGACACACUGAAGAGGGUGAAGGCCACCUUCCAGUGACCCGCAUCCUUGCUAAUCUAGGAUCAAUUUGGUCUAUUAAGUCAUAAUGAAUAUGAUUAUAUGGACAGAGAGGACCUAUUCCUAGCCCAGGUCAGACAACUACUCAACAGACUUCGAACCCUCCACAUCCCACUGGGUUCCUAUAGUAGCAGGGACUGGGUGGGUGUCUGGGAAAAACUGUUCAUUUUUCUCUGUUUAUUGGUAAUAUAUAUUUUUUGUAAGAAUCCAGCUCAACCUCCCACAUUGCACCCCAUAGCCUGACAACCCACAGCACACAUCCAACUCCUUGAUUCUCUCCAAUGCGGACUCCAAUGUCAAGUGAAACUUUGAAUAGUUUUUUAUUUUAUUUUUUAUAUUGGGAUGAGGGGAGUAGAAAACAGUAUGGGACUUUUAAAAAUCCUUCUGGUGGAGGCAUAUCGAUGCUCGUGUUUCUCUUACACGAAUUUUGAUUGCUCGUCUCCGAGACAACAUAAUGAUGAUAAUGUGCAACAAUGUUUCAUGAUGAGUUGACGUAAUGUAUUUAAUUCACUUUAAUUCACUAAGUGUACUAUGCUAAAUUAGAUAUUUUGAUACAACCACAGAUGGCUAAUGACCAUUUUCAUCCCUCCGGAGCACCAUUUUAAAUACAUUGACAAUGGCUAUUUGACAUGAUAAUUACAGCAUUUCAAGAUACAAGAGAAAUAUCAAAAUCAUGAUGUAUUUUGCUAUUAUGACAAAAUUAUUUCAAAUACCUGAACAAUUGCUAUAGUUCCACACACUGUGUGUUUUUUUUAAAACAAACGUUAAUGUUGCAAUGUAACUACGGUGUAUAUAGGCUACAAAUUGUUGCAUAGUCAGACUUGCAAAGGUGAAAUUAGAUCAUUUUCUAAACAUG